UUGGCGCCGCUGCCGCCUAUCAGGCGGGCCCGGGCUUGGAGGGGCGUGGCCUGCUCUUCAUCCUUUUCUACAACCGGCACCCGAGUUCAGUUUUCCUUCGUGUUUCCCGAAGGCGACCAUGCAGAAGGUGGCCGUGGUCACCGGCGCCAGCAGUGGAAUUGGUUUUGCGCUGUGUGAGCGUCUCCUCCAGGAAGAUGCUACCCUACAUUUGUGCUUAGCCUGUAGGAACAUGGAAAAGGCCAACGUUGCCCGGAACAAACUGCUAUCCUCCUUCCCCGUUGCAGACAUCAGCAUUCUUCAAAUAGAUGUUGGCAAGAUGGAGUCUGUCCUCCAUGCAGCUGAAGAGAUUAAGACAAGAUUUCAUCGUUUGGAUUAUCUCUUCUUGAAUGCUGGAGUCAUGGUAAAUCCACGUAUCAGUUUUGGGGCAUUUCUACAUGGCAUCUUCUCCAGGAGUUCAAAGCAACCCAAAUGGGGUUCCCAGGUGGUCUCCCAUCCAAAUACUGACCAGGCCCAAUCCUGUCUAGAUACUGUGAUGGACCAUCCUCAAGCGGAACAAAAUGAAGCAAAAUCCUCUUUUUUCCAGAGAGCAUACCAGAUGCUAACCACAGCAGAGGGGCUGAUGAGCCAGGAGGACACGGUCACUUCAGAUGGCCUACAGGAAGUCUUUGCAACAAAUCUCUUUGGACAUUUUCUAUUGAUAAGACAGGUGGAGCCUUUGGUUUGCUCUGCUGAAAAGAACUGCCACCUUAUCUGGACUUCCUCUGUUAAUGCCCAUAAGUCUAACUUCAGCCUGGAAGACUACCAGCACAGCCGAGGCACAGAGAAUUACAGCUCUUCUAAAUAUGCCACGGAUCUCACAAGUGUGGCUUUGAACAGCCACUUCAACAAGCGGGGCCUGUAUUCUAGUGUCAUGUGCCCAGGUAUUGUGAGGACCAAUAUGACUUACCAAAUCUUGUCGCCUUUUAUCUGGAUGCUGUUUUCUCCCCUCUUUUGGCUGUUUCGCCUUUUUAGCCCCACAUAUACAUUGACACCAUACAACGGAGCAGAGGCACAUAUAUGGCUGUUCAAACAGAAGCCCGAGUCACUGGACCCACUGAUGAAAUUUCACAGCUGUACAUCAUUCUUUGGAACCAACUAUGUUGAGACACGAAAGAUGGAUCUGAGUGAGGAUACGGCUGAGAAGCUCUAUGAGAAGCUGUUGCAAUUAGAGAAGCAAGUUUUAGCGAGGUGCAAUGAACUGCAGCACAAAAAAUAGCAAGACACAACUAAUGUUGCUCCUCUUUGUGAGAGAAAAAGUUUCUCCCAUUUGGAACAUCCCACCAGCCCCAUUUUUCACCUUUGUAAAGCAGGCCGCUUGUGUCAUCAUGAGGCUGCAGUGCUGAAAAAAACCCAAAAAUGCCUUAUAAUUUAGUCUUUCUCUCCAAGUGUGGUGCUUCUACCAACUAUAAUUUUUAUCAUGUCAUAUUUUGGUCUUAAUAAUUAUUAUGGUUUUUGAUCCACCCUAAUGUUUGUCAUUUCUUUUUAUGAGUCUCCAUAGCCUGUGAACUCUUGUAGAGCAGGGCACUUGCCUCAAAUAAGGAAUAAAAACAGAGGAUCACUGUGUCCUCAAUUCAUCCAGUC